AUGUAUUUUUAUGCAAGAACAACAUUUGAAAUCUUACCAGAUGAAAUAAUCUUAGAAAUCUGUCGAUAUCUUCAUUGUAGUCAUGUUCUUUAUUCAUUUUUUGAUUUAAAUACUCGUUUAAAUAAAACAAUAACAUCUUAUUGUCAACAUGUAUGGUUCCGUCGUGCAUCCUAUAAACAAUUACUUUAUAUAUAUCAAUAUAUUUUACCUCGAAUAGGUUCAUCAGUUCUUUCAUUAACAAUUCAUCCAUUACAUCAAGUAUCAUUUCCAUCUUCGUUUAAACAUCAAAUAUCAAAUAUAUUUCCAAAUUUAAAAAACUUUAACAUUAACGAGUUGGACAAGUGA